CUACUGCGCGGGUACUGCGCAGCUGAUGCUUCCUGCCUCGUGUGUGCACACGAUUCGCCUUGCCCGCGACCUAGAUGUGCAAGAUGACGGGUCGUACACGCAGCAAUUACACAUCAUUACUUUAUGCGCUGCAUCCCAGGGGUGACCAGGUGCCGAUCGAAGAAACACCAUGGUUACUUCACGGCUAACAAAUGGUCCUAUCUCGCCAACUGCUCGCAGUUUUAGACUUGAAGUCGCCGGGCUUGGUACGACGAGGAGGGUCCCCGGUGUUCACCGCGGCGAGGACGAGCCCCGUGCGCUCGCGACCGCGCUCGCGUCGAUGCCAAAGUGCGCCGAUAAUGCGAUUAAUAAUUUUCAGAAUGCAAUCCACGAUCUAGGUCGUUACUCUCCCAUGACGGCCCGCUGAUCAUGUUCGCUCCGUCGCCCAAGUUGGAAGGACAAGCCAAGGGCAAAGUGCGGAAAAAAUGGAGGCCGUUCCGCGCGACGGACUUCCAGGCCUUGAUGUAUCCCUGUUUCAUUUUAUGUCGCGCACUCGGAUUAUUCCCGUACAAGAUCAGCGCUUCGACCUUCGAGAUUUCCAAGCCGUGGUACAUCGUGUCGACCGUCAUCGUAAGCGCCGUCAGCGCUGGCGGGCUGGUGAUACUCUACCACGUCGACGUCUCCGCGAGAAUCAAGUUCGCGGGCGUGCCCGGGGCCCUACAGUGUAACUGCUAUUACGUACUCGGUGGCUUCAUAGCGGUGAUCACGUACAUCUUGAGCAAACCGCGGAUGCAUUUGCUACAGAUCACGCUGGACAUCUCUACCAGGCUGCCUCCGGAAACGUACCAGAGAAUGUCCAGGCUGAUCCACGCCAAGGACAUCUUGGGUUUCCUCUUCCUAAUUGGGCAGGCGUCGAAUUGCUACUCCGACACGUACAGCGAUACCAUCGUUAAUGUUAUAACUCUGUACAUCACUCUGGUGGUGUUUCAGAUGGAUAUGCUGUACAUGAAUUGCGUUUGCGUACUGAAGGCCUGUUUCAAGCGAAUCAACAACAAUCUGAUAAAUCUGCGAGAGCUCGUAAUAAGCGACGAGCCGCAUCUCCUAAGGCGGGUCUACCACGAGCAGAGGAAUCCGUUUCUGCUGAUGGAGCUCAAGGCCCUGAAGAAACGGCACCUAAUAGUCAGCGACACCGUGCAGACCCUCAACACGAUCUUCAGUCUGCAACUUCUCGCCACCAUAGUCAUGACUUUCGCCGAGGUUACCUUCAGCUUGUAUUUCUACAUAGCACAGUGGCAACAGAACGUAUUCUUUAUCGAUCUGCAGAAACAGAUCUGGUAUGCGUACUAUAUCACGUCCAUAGCGUAUUAUUCUAUCAAAAUAGCGUUUGUGGUGUGGGCCUGCGACACCGGCAAGGAUCAGGCCCUGCAGAUCGGCACCACUGUUCACGACGUGCUCAUCAACACCAGCGAUAAGCAGAUCAAAGAUGAGUUGCAACUGUUUUCCUUGCAAAUAUUGCAUCGCGAAAAUACAUUCUGCGCGAAAGGUCUCGCCGUGGACGCGACGCUUCUUACCGCGAUAGUGGGUAGCAUCACCACGUACCUAUUAAUUUUGAUACAAUUCAUGGUCACGACGAAAUCUUGCGAAAAGUCAUCCAAUAUUACGCAAAUAGUUUAAUCAUAUACAUACGUGUACAAUAAAAUGUACGCUACCGAGUUUUUAAUUAUUCGAAUGACAGAUACCUCUUUAUACUUUAUUCUAAUAUCCCAUACUAUUGUUAGUGCAGAUAAUGCUUCGUUAGAAUGAUUAACAGUUUUUAGUAUAUUGCUUGUAAUUGUACGUACGAGUAUAUUAAAUUUAAAUUAUAGAAACGUUCAUCGAAUGUUUAAUUAUCCUUAAGACACUAUUAUAUUAUUAUUUUCUUCAUUAAAAUUUGUUUCUUUUAAACAAAGAAGAUAUAUGGUAGAGUUUACGAGAGACAUGGAAUACAAUAUCAGCAGAAACAAUAACGAAAUUAGUUGAACAAAUACAAAAAGUUUGUAAUCAAGGCAAAGCGUGCACGUUUUGAAUAUUAUUUAAAUAAGAAUUAAUAAUAUUUCUUUAAUUAAUCUCUUAAUUAGAUAUUAUGUUAUAGCGUAUUGUUAGUCUAUAAGCUUAUUGUAAAAUAGUUUUUAUCAAUAAAUAACAGUUCACUCACACUAACUCUAUUUUUUUAGUUCUUCAAAUCGUUUGACUAAUUAUGAUUGAUAGUGUCAUAAUUAAAUAAAAAGAUAUUGCAAGUAGAAAUCGCCUGAUAUUUUAUAGGUAUACAUGUGUGCAGAGACACUUGGAAAGAUUUUGUCAUGUAAAAAUGAACUAUCCAAAUAGAAAAUUUUUAAAUAAGUUCUAGUUGUUUAAGUGCAGCGUGUAAGACACAAUAAAACAUUUUUGGAAAAAUGUCGCUUUGGAUUCAAUACACACAUCAUAUGGUUACUU